CCUUGUAUCCUACAAUUAAACCACAGCUUCCUUGUUCCUCAGUGAGGUCAUCAAACCCAGCAGUCUGUUAUUACUGGAAUAUAUGUAUAUAUACACACACACACAUUUAAAAGGAAUUUAGUUCUUCUCGUUUGAGACAAAUCUAUGAUCAAACCACAGGAUGAGGAGGAUGAGCGCCUUUCCACAGCAAGGCACAGCUCUGGGAAACCUGGGACUUACCAACGAAAUCCGACAGGAAACUGAAAACAAUACAUCUGAACUGGUAUCUGACCUGGUUAACCUGUCAGCCACAGCCAGAUUUCAAGCCAUACGAUCAUUACCUAAGCCGUUUUACGAGAAGAAAACAAUCAGGGACAGAGUGAACUCUGUCAAACUCUCAAAGGCCAUCCUCGCCCCAGACUGUCGUCAACAUGUGUCUCGGUCUUUCCGCAGAUUUCGUGCCAGCUUGGCAUCAGCCAGGCAGCAUUUGAUUAUAUGGCAGGACACUCUGAAGGAGAUCGGCGGCAGGUUUGGCACAUCUGUCCUCUCCUACUUCUUGUUCCUUAAGUGGCUGCUGAAGUUCAACCUCUUCUCCCUCAUCAUCAACUUCUGCUUCAUCACAAUCCCACAAAUUGUGCACGCUCCCAAUAUCAGCAGCAUCACAGGCUUCAGAGGACUUGAGCUCCUCACUGGGGUGGGUUAUUUCAACCAGACGGUCUUGUUCUAUGGUGGUUACGAUGGUGAAGUAAUCGCAUCCAAACCUGCCUACAACAUGCAGUUGGCCUAUUUUUUCACUGUAGCUGCAUAUCUGGUGUUGUGUGGGGUGUCUCUUAUCUACAGCAUGUCCAGAUCCUUCCAGAACAACUUUGUGCUGGAGACAGGACCCGUCUCUGAAGGAGCGUGGCGUCUCCUGUGCAGCUGGGAUUUCAGUGUUGUCAAUGAAAAAGCAAUACAGUACAACAAGAACAAUCUCGCCAUUCAGCUGAAGGAGUCCUUAUCAGAAAGGUUACAGGUGAAAAACAAAACGUCUCUGCCUGACCGAAUAAAACACCUGUCUCUCCACCUUCUGGCCUGGCUACUCUCUUUAGGACUUGCCCUAGGAUCUGGUGCAGGCAUCUACUUCCUGGGGACAAAACAAGAACUGGCCUUCAAGCUUUUCAGUCAAGAUCCAAGUGAUUUAGGCUCAGAGGCAUCUACUCUGCUUCUGCCUGUGGUCGUGUCGCUCAUCAACCUGAUAGUGCCUCUAUUUUACUCUCUCAUCGACAAAAUAGAGAGCUACUCCAACCCACGCGCAAAGAUCUACAUCAGCAUUGUGAGAAGUGUUAUUUUGAAGAUGUCCAUUCUUGGUAUCCUUUGCUUUUACUGGCUACACGUUGUUCCCGACAGUAUCUCGUGUUGGGAGUCCUUUGUGGGGCAGAGCGUGUAUCGACUGCUGAUAAUUGACUUCAUAUUCUGUCUGCUUGGCAUUUUCUUUGGGGAAUUCCUACGCAAUGUAAUCGGAACCAUGUGCAUCCAGAGUCUUGGCGUCCCAGAGUUUGACAUUGCUAGGAAUGUACUUGAUCUGAUCUACGCCCAGACUCUGGCUUGGAUUGGAAUUUACUUCUCCCCCCUACUUCCUGUAAUGCAAGUCCUGAAAUUGUUUAUCAUCUUUUACUUAAAAAAGAUCAGUCUGAGUAUGAACUGUCAGCCUCCCAAACACACAGGCAGAGCCGCUCAGAUACAAACAGUCUUCAUCGCCCUACUCUUCUUCCCUUCGUUUGUGGGAGCACUGACCAUGGUAGCAUUCACAGUCUGGAGCCUGAAGCCCUCAGACCAGUGCGGGCCCUUCCAGGGUCUGGACACCCCCUUCCGCACAAUUUUCAAUUGGACUGCUUCUUUGCCUGAGAAUCACUGGGUCUGGUGGAUUUUUGAAAACAUACUGAGAAGUGAACUCUUCUACUACCUGAUUAGCCUCAUCGUCCUAGUCUUCACUUAUUUUCUCUGGCAAAUCACUCAGGGACGGAAACAGCUCAUCAAGUCUCUGCGAGAGCAGAUUGUGAAUGAAGGAAAGGACAAAGCAUUUCUCUUGAAUAAACUGCAAACUCUACAGAAGGAGAGAAGGGAGACGGCAUCCUACAGACCUCAGAACUUUGACCAGACGCCACAUUUCAACCCAAACUGGAUGAGCACACUGCCCUUGGAUAUGUGAAAUACAUUCUUUAUUUUUAUACUGUACAUGCUUUUUUUGUGUAUAUUGCACUAAUCUGUAACUUAUUUUAACUAACUGUCAUCUCUCUACUGAAUGAAACAUUUUGGAAACACAUUUCUAUGGAGUUUCACACAUGGCACGUGUGAAAAAAAAAUUAGUGUGGUCAAUUUAAGAAAGGGUUCCCUAGAUUUUUUUCUUGUGUCCAUGUUUUAUUAAAUUACGUUAUUUUAGUUUUACAAUUGCUUCUUUAAUUAAGUGUAUCCAUAAUUUCCUCAUAAGUAGGAAAAACACUGUACAAAACGAAUAUUUUACCUACAGUAAUUUGAUUGGUUUUUCCUCAACACAUUCUGAUACAUCCUAAUAAUUUAUUCUAAUAGUCAUGUCUGUGUAAAUAUCAGCAAAUAAAUAUUUUAAUAUGUAAAGAC